UCAACAAAACCAAAUUAACGUUUAGGUUAUGUUUUAGUUUUUUCUUUGGGAAAGGAUGGUUUCUCUAUAUAGUUAAUUCCAUUACUUAAAACUGUUCUUGAUUUACUUUACCGUUUACUUUGUAGUUCCAAAAGUUUUACGUCAUUCUUGUUUAGUAUUGUACGAGUAUGUAUAAAUGGGAGGAAGGCAUGGGCCAAUUAAGCAUAUUCAAUUUUAUAUUAGUGACGAAACAAGAGGGGGGUAGACAGGGCUUGUGCCCUGGGCGUUAAACUGCAGAGGAAUUUGUAUGAUAUAUAUUUACUCAAAUAUUGUGUUACAACACAAAAAAAAAUUUGUAGGGCUGAAAAAUUGAAUUAUUUGUAUUGAAAAAGACACACACAUAUAUAUCCUAAAAUAUAUAAAAAUAAAGGAAUUUUUAGCAUUCUGUCCAACUUGCACUGUACUUAAAAUGAAGUCUAAGUUGAAUCAAAUAUUUGGAAUAGUGUAAUUAAUAUGUGGUGGUAAUAAGAGGUGUUGUCGGGAAUGGUUUUGGUUUGGUUGGUUUAAAAAAAGGAGGGAAUAGUGGCCCCAAGGCUACAUCUGUUCAGCAAGAUCACGUGCUUUGUAUUAUCAUAUUGAUCAAAUGUUUAAUCACAGAACACUGGAUGAAUGUAAGAAAACACCUCGUAGAGGAUGGGAGCUGAGGAACAUCCAGAACCCGGAGAGCGUUGCCGGUCACAUGUACAGGAUGGCGAUCAUGACCUUCCUGUUGGAUGAGAACGACAGUCUGGAUACAAACAGGUGUAUGAAGAUGGCCCUGAUACACGACCUCCCCGAGUGCAUCGUGGGAGACAUCACGCCGUACUGUGGUGUGGACCCUGCUGAGAAGAAGAGGCUGGAGAUAGAAGCAAUGGAGAGGCUAGCAAAGCUUGCUGGUACUGCGGGGACGGAGAUGUCGGAGUUGUUUAAGGAAUACGUAAGCCAGUCCACGCCAGAAGCAAAGUUUGUGAAACAGCUAGAUCGAAUGGAUAUGAUUCUUCAGGCGUUCGAGUACGAAGUGCAAACGGAUGGGACUGCUGAUUUGCAAGAAUUUUUCGAUCGGGUUGAAGAUAAAUUUUCACAUCCAUCAAUGGUGUCACUGAAAAAGGAAAUAGCAAAACAAAGAGAAGAAUUUCACAAUAAUGCAUCAUCUGAUAAGCAAUGAAUGCUUUUUUUUUUUAACUUAAAAAGUUUUUUUCCUUCCUUUUAUUAUCUAGAGACAGUUAUCAAACUGACAUAGUGUGAGAUUCUUUUAACAGAUCUAUUAUUUUUUUAUUGAAUUCAUUGGUCACAUGAAUAUCAUUAAAUGUAAUAGUUGUGUUUUCAAGUUAAUAAGUAACAACUUGUAACUUCAACAGUAUUUUAGGAUAGAUAUGUACUAAAGAAAAUUUGAAAAAAUAUAUCCAAGAAUACAU